GUGCCGGGGCAGGGUGAGGGCCGGGGUAUUUCCCGCGGCAGCGCUCGGGGUGCUCACUGCCCAUCGGGGUGCGCGGAGCAGCCAUGGCCGACGAGCAGCGGGACCUCAUCUCCAACCGCGGCAGCAGCAUGCUCAAUGUCGGGGGCACCCAAAGGUCUGUGCUGGGCAGGAGUGCCGCCCUCUCCACGCUCUCCAUCCUGGUGGCCCUGCUGAUCGCCGGCCAGGCUGUCACCAUCUACUUCGUGUACCAGCAGAGCGGGCAGAUCAGCAAACUGACCAAGACCUCGCAGACCCUGCAGCUGGAGGCGCUGCAGAGGAAGCUGCCGGCCAGUGCCAAGCCGGUGAACCAGAUGAAGACGGCCAUGAUGAACAGCCCCAUGGUCAUGAGGGUCUGGCCCCUGGCCUCCUCUGUGGCCAACACGGCCGUGGCCCCGGCCAGCAACAGAACCGAGGACCAAGUCAAGCACCUGCUGCUGCAAGCAGACCCCAGGAAGAUGUUCCCGGAGCUGAAGGACAGCCUGAUGGACAACCUGAAGCACCUGAAGAGCACCAUGACUUUUGAGGACUGGCAGUCCUUCGAGUCCUGGAUGCACAAGUGGCUGCUGUUUGAAAUGGCCAAGAACCCCAAGCCAGAGGAGGAGCAUAAGGAGAUCCCAGCAAAGAAAGUGCUAACUAAGUGCCAGGCGGAGGCCAGUCCUGGGGGUGUGCAUCCGGGCCGGUUCCAGCCGCAGUGCGAUGAGAACGGUGACUUCAAGCCCAAGCAGUGCAAUGCCUCCACCGGCUACUGCUGGUGCUCCUACAAAAACGGCACCAGGAUUGAGGGCACUGCUACCCGGGAAGAGCUGGACUGCGAGGUUGCUGCCACCGCUGCCCCCCGCACCAACCCGGAGCUGGAGGACAUGAUGUCCUCCGGGGUGGACACACUCAAGCUGGGUGCAGAGAAAGUUAACUAGAAGAGGAUGCCACGGUUGCUGGCCCAGACUUCAGCAUCCAGCUCACCUUUAGUCUCUUUGCUGUUUCAUUUCUGCUCUUACACCGCUUUCCAAGGCAAUUAACAGUGGGUGCCCCUUCCCCUGAUGCAGGGCCAAGCUGCCAUCAGUGCCAGAGCCACACUGUCCCCCCAAGGUGGGUACAGGGGGCUGGAGAAUGAUUUCAAGUGUCAGACCCAUAAAUCCUGUUACCUUUUGCUCAUGGGCAUCCCAACAGGCACAGAGCUCUCCCUGCUGAACGAGUCACUAAUGCUUUCUUACACUGAAUGAACAUUAAAAGCAGCAAAACAACCUCCAUCAGCUUCUUAACUGACCCCUGUAGGUUGAAGCCCUGGCUGAGUGCAAGAAUAGAGGGAUUUUAUUGUGGAGUGCUUGGCUUUGAUUCAUGUUCAUAUUCAGCUUGUGCCCCCAGGCUGGAGCACAGCCUCAGCAGCGGGUAACAGUGGGCAGAGGAGCUGGCCCUGGAGCCAGAGGGGCUUCUAAUUCUUCUGACUAGAGCUGAUAAUUCCUUUAUCAAUGACCUGACAAGCUAAUUAUUUCCAAUAAAUUUCCUGAAUAAGAAAGCCUUGUGGGCAGCUCAAGCAGAGCUGCGCCUGCAACGUCUGCACUGUCCUGGACUGUUUUAAUCUCAAUAAAAAUCAAGUCAAAGCCA